ACUUACAUCCGGUUGUCUCAACUGCUUAAUAGAAGGAGCGCGAGGCGGCAUGUCUCAGAUAUAGCUACUUCAGCCGACGACUCCGACAAGACAACGAUAUCAUCUAGCCGAAACCAUGAGGCUCAUCAACGUAGAAUCCGUGACUCUAGAGGACUUCAUUGUCGUGACCCCAGGCACUCUCGACUAUGCCAUCCUGUCUCACACUUGGGAGGAUGAAGAGGUCACUUUCCAGGACUUCACUAGCGAUAGCUCGCACUUGAACCUCAAGAAAGGAUUCAGGAAGAUCUUGACAACGUGCGAAUUCGCAAAGAGGGAUGGCAUUAAGUAUGCAUGGGUAGAUACAUGCUGUAUCGACAAGACUAGCAGCGCGGAGCUAACUGAAGCUAUUAACUCAAUGUUCAAUUGGUACCGAGAUGCUAAAGUCUGCUACGCCUGGUUGGCGGAUCUGCCAGGGCCGUCGGAACAGCCUAUUGAGUCUUCCCUCGGGAAUUGUCGGUGGUUCACGCGCGGGUGGACAUUACAAGAGCUCAUAGCGCCGCGCCGCGUCGAGUUCUACGAUCGCCACUGGAAUUUCCGCGGAACCAAAGACGAAUUGAAGGGGUUGAUCGCGGAUGUUUCACAUAUUGGGAAAGCCGUAUUAGCUGACCCCGAUGAUAUUUAUAGAGUGUCCAUCGCACAGCGGAUGUCGUGGGCCGCGAACCGGCAGACCACGCGUCCAGAGGACGUAGCCUACUGCCUCAUCGGCAUAUUCGGCGUGAACAUGCCAAUGCUAUACGGCGAAGGGCAGCGCGCAUUUCUCAGGCUUCAGGAGGAAAUAGUCAAAGAGACUAACGACUUGAGUUUAUUCGCAUGGAAAGCCACAUCAGCGGACCAACGAUACCGCGGUAUCUUUGCGAGAAGCCCAUCCGAGUUUCACGACUGUGGCGCUGUGACGCUGAUUGAUGAUACGAUGCUCAGUCCUGAGUUCUCCCUAGGGAACAAGGGUUUGCGCAUCCACACGAACCUAGUCACAGGGACAAGCGGAACCUAUCUCCUCAAACUGAAUUGCAACAAGGGCCCGUGGAUGCCACCGCUGAGUAUCUGGAUCUACCACCACGGUAACGAAGUAUACAGUCGGUGCCGAGCCCAUGAAUACGGCGAUAACAGGAAAGUCGAUGAAAGACCAUUGCAUAGAAAGAAUAUGGUCAUCUUGAAGCAGCUCGACGCGCUGCGCUCAGCAGAUCUGGAAGCCAGCCAUCGCCACGCGUUCGUCUUCCGGAAGAAUUUCAACACGAUACUUGCUACGCGCUUUCCCGAAUUCCCGUUCGCGGCGUCACCCAUCGAACCCCAUUGGAGGUGGGAUGCGGACAGAUGCAUGUUGAAUACGCGUGGUGUGGAUGAGUUCAACGGCCUUGCGUAUUUCUGGGCUAGACCUGAUGCUACCGCUGACGUUACGCUGAAUGAGUUCACCAUGGCGGGAGAGUGGUUCAUCAUCGCGUUCGGAAAGGUAGGAUACGAGCCGUGGAUCACAGUUCACGGUAAAGAUAGCAAAUACGGACUGAAGUUGCUGGAGGUUGGCGGCACCAAUCUCGAACGCAUGGGGCGUAUGGCACGCGAGAGCCUCUCGAAUCCGCUGAGCAUCACGCUGAAGAACUUUGCGGGAGAACCGUUGAAAAUCAUGACUGUAUCGCUUAAUGAGGGCAUGCUGGACGGACAGGAAGUGUAUUUCAUCGAUAUAGACAUUGAAGACGCGCCGGCGCCGCUAUCCGUCACGGACGAAGCCUUGCGCGCUUAGAAGAGUCCAGAUAUCGAUUAUAGCAAGUCUAUCGGCUUUAAAGCUAAUGAGCAGAGCUCAGGAGACGAAGUUAAGGGCGGUGAUAUCGCGGGUUUGUUCGGAUGACCGUAUGGGUUCGCUCUGAAGCAUGCCUGAUUCUUGCAAACAGGACCGAUGCGUGUUCUGCCGGACGAAGACGGUGUAGUACAUCAGGAUACAGGGUUCCAUGUCAACAGACACCCGGGCACGAAGUUUGCAGGUGAUAGUAUAUCUCACUUCAAACUGGCUCAGGAACUCGGGCCAUCAAGCUGAAACAGUACUGGUUUCCUGUCUCGUUGGAUAAUUCAGGAGUUUCAUGUAUUUCGAUACUAUAGUCGUUCAGCGCCUAGAUUUUUCAUGCAAGUAUCUGAUAGUCCUAGUUGGUUUAGAUCUUCGACUAGUGUUGAAGCAUUCAAUAGACUGAUAUGACCUCGAUGUAGUG